GCGCAGAAUGAUCGCCGUGAACGCCUCCAGCUCUCCCAGACAGACACAUACAAUCACAUGACAAGGCUAGCUUGUUGUUUCCUGGUUGCUCCUGCGGUCUCCUGAUCCGCCGCUUGUAACACUAUCAUUUUUAUUGUUUAUUUUAUUAUUAUUGCCGCGGCGGCGGGUCCCGGUAUCAGGCAUGGCGGACGGCGAGAAAUCCCCGCUCCUCUCCUACGAACCAAGCGACUUAGCUAUCGGCGGAAGCGGCGCAGUGUUGCCCGGGCCAGCGGCGGCGGCGUACGGGCUGCCCUGCCAGCCGCAGAACCUCCCCUCAGUUCUCCCGAUCGAGGAAGACCUUCCUCCUUACUCCCUAAUGAUGUCGGGCAGCACUUCCAAGAUCAACUGUCGUGUAUGUCAGUCCCUCAUUAGUGUGAAGGCAGACAGCCACCAGCACCUUGUUAAGUGUGGGGUCUGCAACGAGGCAACGCCCAUUAAGAACCCUCCUCCUGGUAAGAAGUAUGUGCGCUGUCCUUGUAACUGUCUCUUGAUCUGCAAAGCAACUUCACAGAGAAUGGCCUGUCCCCGUCCUUACUGUAAGAGAAUUAUAAACUUGGGUCCAGUGGAGUCAGAUUCAGGUCCUGUCAGCCCAGAGCUGCAGCCUUGUGGAGCCAGAGUGAGCUGUGGACACUGCGCUCACACAUUCCUGUGGACUGACUUUACAAAGAAGAAACUCGCCAGAUGCCCUCACUGUCGGAAAGUGUCCUUUAUUGGGCGGCGUUACCCCUGGCAACGCUGUGUUUACUUUUUCAUGCUGGGUCUCUUCUUUGCUGUCAUCGCUGGAGGACUAAUGGCUGGCACUUGGCAGGAGGCUGAACAGUACGGAGCGAUCUAUGCCAUCUGGGCUGUGGUUCUGGUUCUGUGUGUGGUUUGUCUGGGUUGGGCGGUUUACUGGGCCUGCAUUAAAAUCAGCGAGCCUGUACAGAACUACACAUAGAGGGAAAGAGGGAGGAGAGGAGGAGGAAGAGGAAGGAGAGGGGUGGGAGAAAAGGAGAGAGAGGAGCUGAUUUAUAACUAUACUGAUUAAACUGGAGAGAGUGAGAGUUAGAGGAGCGGGGGGGGGGGGGGGGGGGGGGGGGGGGGGGGGGGGGGGGUACAGAGACAGACAUUAUUAUAAAAAGUUUCUUGUUAAAGGAGAAUUCAAAAGUAAGGCAACACACCCGCCUAUUGCUACAAAUGUGCCUUACAGUAAAAAUCCAGAGUGAGUGAGUGAGAGAGAGGAGGGAUGGAGCAAAAGAGAGAGAGAGAGAGAGAUGUUAAUUAGCCAAUCUCAAUAAUAAUAAUUGUUCUGUCAUUAAAUUCAAAUUGACUUUAUUAGCAUGAAAAAAUAAGUGUUGUCAAAGCACAUACAUGGCACAAACAACAACAAUAUAUACAAAUAAAUAAAGAAAAUGCAGUGCACAUAAAUAUAUAUAUAUAUAUAUAUAUACACACACACAUAUACAGCAGCCUCCAGGAUCAUUCAUACCCCCAAUACACUGCAACUGGUUUGAGCAAAAUAAAUGCAAGCGCUCUCCCAAGACUGUCCGCAUGAAAGCUUCAAGACCAUCGGCACUGGACACUGCCAAGAAAUAUCUGAAAACACGACGUUCAAACCUCUUCACACCCUUUAAAUUAAAAUGCAGUUAUCCCAGACAAACAUGCCCCCACAAUUCCUCAUGCCCAAUCUAUCCAUGCUACAAACACCGAACGCACACCUGCAUCUUCCACCAAAACUUUCAGUUACAUUGUAUCAAGUGCAUGAACAGUCCCAGAGUCCACUGCACACAUACAUAUACAUACAUAUAAACACUUCCCUUACAGGAUAUGUCGAUCCGCUUUUAUCUAAGUCAGCAAGCAACACUUAUAAGCUGUAUAAAACCGUAUAAGACAAAAUGUGUUCCAUUUCCUUACCCUAAGCACAGUAAGUAUGUAAGCCACAGCAUACUCUAGCCUGUCUCAGCAGUCAGGUGAGCGAGCAAUCAGGAAUCCUGUUUGUGACGCCAAUUCUGUAAGAAAUAUUUUUAGAACACGGAAACAAUACAAUAGAGGUCAAGCUUAAACAGUUUGACAAGUUUAUUGUCUUUUGGUCACAACGACCACAGAACUGGAAGCUCCUCUCAAGGAUACUUAGUGAGAUACAUCUUCCCUGUCCCUUUAUACAGUUCUCUCCCUACAGCAAAUCAGCAUUAGGUUACAAAGUACAAGAAAACAAAAAAGUACACAUAUUCAUUUGAUUGGUUAAAGACUUAUUCCCAUUGUAAAUAUUUGCUAUGCCAGAUCUUAUCGUGGCACAAGGUUUAUGGCUGGCCAUCUGCACUUUACCAGGUAAAUAUUUAAUAAUAGCUAACUCACCCAGACACUAUAGCCCACCUCACACUUAGCACACAGAAUUCCCUGAGAGUGCAAUUUGUCAAACUUUUGCUCAGGUUUGAGCUUUGCUGUUACCCAGAACACUUGAUAAUCAGAGAAACACAAAAACACAUUCUUCACCUGAAAAACAUCUUUCAUCUGUAAAUGUUACAAAAUGUGAUGGCUCACAGACCUGUACAAUUAUAAUGUUGAGAUCUGUUUCCAUGGGUAAGGGUGCCGUUAGUGUUAGGAGUUUAUUAUAGGAGAGUAUUACUAAUUUGUUUUGGCCUUUCCUACUUUUAUUUAUUCAUAUAUAUAUAUAUUCCAAGAAAGUAAUGGUGUUUGUAUGUGAGUGAUAAUGAUUUAUAAAAGUAUUUGAAAGGGAAGCGGGAAGGGGCAAAUAUGUGUACUAUUCACUGGUAAACACUUCAGUUUGCCCUCUUGUGUGAAUUAUAAUUCAUAAAAACUAAACCUCCAGCACUGCGAUCCAGGCAGCUUGCUGAAUGUGCGCUCAUUCACACCCCUGAAGUAUGUCUGGUUGAUGUUUUCAUCUGUAGGUGAGUUUAGGCUCAGUACAGGCGUCAGGAUCUACGGUUGUAAGGGGUCGCCACUGUCUGAUUGUGGCAAUUUUGUGUCUGCUUUUCAGAGUUCUUAAAAUAAUCACGAAAAUAUGAGGCCCGCAAUUACUGACAGCUUUAAUAAAUUAGUUGGAAUAUUAGAACAUAAGAACAUAUUUGAUAGACCUCAUUUGCAAAAUCUCUCAGAAACCCCAGAAUUACAUAUGCAUAUGCACAAUUACAUAUGUAUCAAGGGCUAAAGUGCAAAGAGACACCACUCCCGGAAAUUACAUCUUAAUUGCGUGUUUAUGCAUUGCGUGCCUUUUAUAAAUCCAAACCAAAAAUUGAGAACCCUCAAUGCCAUUUUAUACAGUCGUAAAACAUCCUUUGUGCAAUCC